GAAAGCGGGGAGGGGUGGAGGGGGCGCGACGAGGGAAACAGGUUCGCGUCGUUCAGGCAUUUCUGGGAGCCUGAGGGGAAAGAGGCUGUUGGGCGGGAGGGCUUCUUCCUCGACGGGAUCUACUCUGGCGGGUCUCAACCGUCCCUUGUCGGUCUCCUGCGCCUUUCGCUUCAGCGGAGCCGAACGGGGGUCGGGCGGAGGGCAGGACCUCGACCGAACUCCACUACCGUCCACUGUGCCUGUUCUUUUAUUCCCCUCAGUAGCCCUUCAUAUCCACAGAAUUCCUACUUAAAGCCUAGAUCUGCUCUUUUAGCUGCUCAUCUGGUUUAAAACAAGUAGAGGGGCGUUGUGGCGAUGGGGGGAGACAUAUCGACGAUUGCUUGCCUGCCUCAUCUGUUUGCUAGAUCUAAAUUACUUGGCGAUUUAUCCUGACGUUUUGAAAAGCUAUUUUAAGCACCUAUAUAUCCCCCCUCCUUUUUUUUUAGGUAUACCCGAAGUAGUUUACAAAGUUCUAUAAAGUACCGUAAUAUCCUCUCAGUAAAGAAGAAUGCAGUGCAGCAGAAGUGGUUUAAGAGGGUUCUAGGCAAAUUUCCCUGGAGAGUAUGCUGUAAAAGCAGGGCGCCCAAAGAGAAAAAGGUCCUGUCCUGGGUUACCACCACCCUUCACUUCAGAAGUCUUGUAGGGUUUGGCCUACAGCUUAAUUUCAUUUUUAUGCUGCUCUUUGGUUGAGGGUCAUUAUAAGUUGUUGGUUUUUCCUCCCAACCCAGGCCCAACUAAUUUAGUUCCCUGUUGAGUUAAGUUGGAUUGAGAAAGAGUAACUGGCUCAUGGCAGAGUGUGGAUUUGAACCUGGAUCUUCCAUAUCUUAGUCUGGUACUCCUAACUACUACCCUGUGCUGGUAAGAAUUUGGUGGUACUUAUUUCUGAGUACGCGUGCAAAGAUCACACUGCUACGCUUCCAGUUAAUCCUAAAUUUGAAUUCCUAAGUUGUUAUGACUUCAGGGGAAAAACAUGUUUUUAUAGCAUGUGAAUUUUAUAGUACCGGCAUGUGUAUCCGCAGUACUUAGUUAAUUGGGAACCACUGCUCUAGCAAACAUUGCAAGGCACCAGGUUAAAAAUAGCCUUUAAGGUGGCUCACAUUGUCACAAAGACCCUGAAACCUUUGUUACGGCAUGUUACAUGCUAGCUUUCCAUAGCCUGAUGCCCUCUUGGUGUUUUGUUUUGUUUUUUUUACCGCAUCCCUGACAAGUGACCAAACUGAUGGGCUGAAGAGGGUUGUAGUUCAAAGUACCUGGAGGGCAUCAGGUUAUGAGAAGCUGGCACAUAACAUGCCAUAACUGUUGUUUUUGCUGAAACAGAUUUACCCUGUUCCACUCAAAAAUAAAGUUUAAAAAUUAAAAGUUUGUAAUUAAGUUUAUUCCCUAAUUAAAGAGUUUUGUCUUUCCCUUCCUCUUUAUAAGAGAUUGAUAAAUGAAAUCCAUGAAGAUCAAAAUAUUUUUAACAGUUUUAUGAAAAAGGAUUUGGAGGUAGGGGAGCAGAAGCAAUGGCUGCAUCUCUGCAGGUGAGGAGCAGUGCUUUUUUCUGGUGAUACAUGCCAGUACGCCAUAUGGCACCUCUUUCCAAGAAGUCUGCAAUGUUUGGCAUACUACACACUUGAAAGUUAGGGUAGUUUGACCCAUGCAUCAGAUGGCCCACUUUGUCCAUCAGCAUGAAGCAGAAUGGAGUCUGGCAUACACUGUCACUGCAGGUUGACAGUGAGAAGCAGCAGAACUCAUCCCCCCAAGUUCAUAAACAACUACUAUAAACUUAUAAAGAAGUAAUAAGCCACCAAUAAAAGUAGUGCAUUAAAUUAGUCUUUCCCAACCUGGGGUCCCCAGAUGUUGGGACUACAAGUCCUGUCAUCCCUAGCCUUCAGUACCAGUGGUCAGAGAUGAUGGGAGUUGUUCCUGUUUGCAUCUGUCUGUCUUGGGAGACACUGGAGGAGUGCCCCUUUGGGGAUGAAGUCAAACUUUUGGAAGGUUGCAGCACUUGCUGUGGUUGUAGAGAACAAUACAGAGAGACAUGUUUUGUUGCAGCUGGGGCAGAUGAAGGUGCCCGGUUGUGCUGCUGAUGUACCAUGGUGUUUCUUCUCUCUGCGCUGCUCCCAGCGGUCAUUUCUCCUCUGGUCCCUGCUACGAAUGCACAACCUGACUGCCUGUCUCCAGGCACUGCAGUCACCUGCAAGGGAUUCCCCCACAGCAGCAUUGAUGUUGCCAGUCUUCAUGUCAUGUUUGUAGACAACUUUGUUUGCAGACAUCUUUGUAAUGCAUAAUCGGUCUGCAAAAGCGCCUAGUGCCUAAAGCCAGCGGCCCACAGAGCACAUCUUUGGGGAAUCCUGCUAUCUUUCAUUCUGUGGACAUGACCAAGUCAGCAUAGACAUUGCUCUCCAACAAUAUCUGGGAGCCCAAUAAAUGCUCCGCUAAACUAAAAAUAUUCACAGGAGGAAACAUUUAAUGAAACUAAUAGGAGUUCUUCAGGCAUGGGUUGCUAGAAAUUUCUCAAGACUCUUACACUAUUGGUUCCUUGAUGGGUUUUGGGAACUCUUCUAAUAUAAAUGAAUCACUAUAUUUUCAUUCUGAAAGAUAAUCACUAAAGUUGGCAAAACUUAUUAGUUGACAGCCUGUCUUACUGGUCUUUUAAAGAUUUACACAAGUAUUAAAUGUUAUUUCUGUACUUGUUUGCUUAAAGAAAUAAAAUUUCAGCUUGGGUGUCCUCAGCUGCAAAAUUCAAAUAACUUCCUUCCAUGGCAAAUCAUUGUUUCUUUGAGCUGCUAUAUAUACUCUAUAACCAUAAAAUAAACCCAUUAAGUGCAUUUCUAACCCUGUGUGUUGGCUCAAAGUGCAUUAUGUGCCCCAUGUGUUUGCUGUAAAGAGUCAGUAUUCAUAUGGUUUGCAGUUUCUUGAAAACUAGAGGGUGCUUGCUUGAAGAAGCGUGGUGUCCAUUUUCUGUUUGUGUAUGUGUGUGUGUGUGAAUUUUACACCCCUGACUUCAUAACAGACUUGUUAAUCAUGUACAACUACGUUUAGUAGGACUAGCUAUUUGCUUAGAAUACAGCGUGCAAAUGUGGCAUAAUCCUUGCCCAAAGAGCUUAGAACCAAAAGAAGGCAGGUAGGACAAAGGUCAAAUAGGGCUUGAUACUUUGUCAUUAAUUAAUCUUCAGCAAUUUCAUUCAGCUUAUAAAAUGCAGCAUGCUUUUGUAAAUUAAAGUACCCCUUUAAGUUAGCAGUGGUGUUGUACAGUAUAUAGUAAUCAGUCCUUCAAAAAGCACCAGCACCCUGAUCCUGAUGUAAUUGUUUGUGUGUUCAUUGCUAUGAGAAGCAGCUGCAGAAGCAUUGUGGAUGUCAUUUUGCAUGGGUAUAAAUCACUGUUCUUUAUCAUAGCCUCCAGUCAAGUAAGCUUUGUUCGUUCCCACUUCUAUGCCUCUGAAUCCUAUGGUGCCUUCCGUGGUGCCCUACAUGCAGCCAUUCCAAAUUACAAUUCUACAUGCAAUUCUGAAUUCUACAUGCAGCCAUUCACAUGCAGCCAUUCCAAAUUACAAUAACAUGAAUAAUACGUCCUGUGUGUUUAUUUCAUGCUUAGCUGGGAUGGCAUCUAAACAGUCAGAAUGGGGAAAUGCUCAUGGAAACACAUUUAGUUUUGCUGGUGAAUUAGACCAGGCAUCCCCAAACUCCGGCCCUCCAGAUGUUUUGGACUACAAUUCCCAUCAUCCCUGACCACUGGUCCUGUUAGCUAGGGAUCAUGGGAGUUGUAGGCCAAAACAUCUAGAGGGCCGCAGUUUGGGGAUGCCUGAAUUAGACUGAAAGGAUUAACUACACAAUGGGGGUGGGGCUCCCUCCUAAACUUAGUGCAGACUUGGUCUCUUUUACAUUCAAAUUGGGGUACUGCAAUGCCCUCUGUGUGGGUCUUUGCUUAAAUACAACUUGGAGCUUCAUUAAGUAGUUUGCUAGAAUCCCUCAGCAUUUUUCAAGUGGUCUGUUCUGGGGAACAUUUGGGAACAACUGGACUCUCUACCCAUAUGAACAUACCAGGACUUCAUCUCAGGCCCGGGCUUUUUAGUCACCCUCCGUGUACCACAGCUUCAGAUCUGGGCCAUGGUGUCCUCAAAAUUAAUUUCAACAAAAAUCACUUAAGGGUGUUUGUGUUUUGGUUAGGGCAUUCUGGUGAGUAUUUUCAAUUGUCUCCUUGUACUGAGCAAUAUAGGGUCCCCUGUCCGUCCGUCCCCCAAUAUAUGUGAGUAGUGCCCAUCUGACCAGUGAAAAAUCUUUCCGCUUAGUAGCCUCCAUCUUUCCAGCUUUUGAAGCAUAUGUUUUUUCAGCCCUUGUUCUAAUCAUAAAUAGAAUGCCUUGAAUGCUGGCUUGUAUGAUAAAUAUUUUAUUAAUCUAUUAAAUAGAUCUCUCCAGUGCAAUUAAUUUGUGGCUAAAGAUUGGUUGAGGAAAGGGGGGGGGGAUAUUGUCUAUUGAUUCUAGCCAAUCCUUAGUGCUGUGUAGAAAUACUGAGUUGCAGCUAAUGCUGGUCCUACUCAAGGUAAAAAGGUAAAGGUCCAGUCAUGACCGACUCUGGGAUUGCAGCGCUCAUCUAUUAAUGGACAUGGGUCUACUCUGAGUAGGAUUUGGUUUGCUACAAUCUAGCUUUAUGCGAAGGGAGAAAUCCUUUAGGCUGGAAUCCUAAUUCAAAUCCCACUUAUUUGGGAGUAGGCCCUAUUGUUGUUAAUUCACUUUAAUUCUCCCUUUACACCAGGCAACUCUUUACUUAAUAUUCGCAUAGUGCAUUCCACUAUUCUCUACUGGAAAUCAACCCAUGUGGCAAAAGGUUUCAAAGUAAAGCAGAAAAUGUGUGCCUUGGUUGUCUUGGGUUUCCAGUAGAAAUUGCCCAUGGAAUCCUUUCAUCAAAUAACUAGGAGCCUGCUGUUUUAACGGUGGCAUUUCACAUGAACUAUCGAUGUGAGUCAAAAUGUGGUCUGAGUGGUGGAUGAAGCAAUAUAUUUAAUUUCAGUUGUGUAGAGUUUUACUAUAUGCUUACUACACUUGGUGUUCUCGACAUCAACACAAAUUUAAUUAAUUUAUUUUUUGUUAGCAUUCAUUAUAUGGCAGGCCCAAUAACAUUCUAACACUCUGCAAAUGGACUCAGAAACUAAAGAAGGAGAGGAAGAGAGCCUGCAAACAGCUUUCAAAAAGUUGAGAGUGGAUCCAACCGGAACUUCUACAUCUGUGAGUGACAGCAUGGGACUGAGAGCUCCAGUCAGAGCUGCUGUUGAUGGAGGCAGGCAUCAAACCGCCUGUUCAAGAGAGAACUGGCAUGGGUGUGCAAGGAAACCCUUGAGAGGGGCAACGAGGCCGCAGCGCCGCAGGCGUUCUAAAUCUCCUGUCCUGCAUCCUCCCAAGUUUACAUAUUGCAGCAUGAAAGCAUCUUCUGCAAGUAACCAACUGAAGCACAAAAGCCAGAUGGAUUCUUCAAAGCACAAAAUCAGUCCAGACCCCAGUGUUACAGAAGAGCCAUACUUGGGAGGAAAGAGAUGCCCCCUUUUCGAUAGCAGCAACUGCAGGAGGGCCAGAGCAGAACAGCGGAGCACUUUCUCAAGGGAGCAGCCUUCAGAGAAUUUGCGAAAGAGUUGUCCUGCUUUUUCUUUGACCUUUGAAACCAGCCUGGAUCCUAGCCAACCCUCAGAUUUCCAGUCACUCUCCAAGCUGAGUUACGAGAAGCAAUGCCCUUGCGUGGACAAAGAAUGUCAGUGCAAACCAUGGCAAGCAAUAGAAGCAUACUCCUUUUCCGGUUUGCGGAGUGUCCUUUCGGAAUGUGAAAAGGCAGUCCUGGAAGCACAUUCGCAAUCUUUGCCAAACCGAUCGCAUUCUGGGAUGGGUUCAUCAAGCUCUGCCCGGUCUUGUUCUGAGCAAGCUCGAGUCUUUGUGGAUGAUGUGACUAUUGAAGAUCUUUCAGGGUACAUGGAGUAUUACUUAUAUAUUCCCAAGAAAAUGUCCCACAUGGCAGAGAUGAUGUACACUUGACAUAAGAAUCAUGAGUUGGAAAUUCAGUGGUGGUAGUGAGAUGCUCCCUCAGUGCCAUAGUUGGAAAUGUGUCCAUUGUCAUUGCUGCGUAUUUGAUCAAAUGUUUAUUUGCGCCAUACAGUGUAGUUUUUUAAAUAAAGUGAAAAAGAGAUAAUAUCCUCUGGCUGAAAGGUGCAUAAGACUAUCUUCAAAGUUUCAGGAAUGUUAUUGGGCAGAGUUUUACCCUUUAUUCUUUUUUUUCAGAGUAGCCAUAUUUUAAGUAUUGCUUGCUUUAAAAGUUACUGUGACUUGGAUUAUGUUUUAGCCAACCCAUUUCAAAGGAUUGAAAUGCUGAACUUUAUCCUUGCAGUUUGUU